UGCCCUGCUUUCCAGCUCUGGGCCUUCCCAGCUCCUCAAGUCAAUAGUAAGACCCUAGAUGUGAGGGGCUGAGGAGCCUUAGGGCGUCCACAAGGAAAUUCCUGAAGCUGACUCAGACCCAGCAAAUUUGCCUGCUGUUUGAACAUCCUCCGAUUCUUCCCCCACCUCAACCCCUGUUGCUAUGGAGACCACCAAUGGGACUGAGACCUGGUACGAGAGCCUGCACGCUGUGCUGAAGGCUCUAAAUGCCACUCUUCAUGGCAACUUCCUCUGCCGGCCGGAGCCAGUGCCAGGGCCGGGGCCAGACAACCAGACUGAGGAUCGGCGGGCCAGCCGACCUGGCCGUGAUGACAACUCCUACAUGUACAUUCUCUUUGUCAUGUUCCUGUUUGCUGUCACUGUGGGCAGCCUCAUCCUGGGAUACACCCGCUCCCGCAAAGUGGACAAGCGUAGUGACCCCUAUCAUAUGUACAUCAAGAACCGUGUGUCCAUGAUCUAAUGCGAGGGGGCCGGGGAUGGUGGAAGAUCAAGACACCUGGGGAUCACUUCUGGAGCCUCCAGAACUCAGCUAUGGACCACAGCAGGCCUCAGGGUCUCUUUCUGUAAGACCAACAAGAAACAGUGCUAAGGGAGGUCAUCACUGGGGUGGAAGGAGAGGGGCUAGCAGACCUGGGCUUGGUGGAUAAGGACUUUUUCCAGGCAAAGAUAGACUUUGUAAACAGUAGGAGCCAUGAACAAACAUAUGGAAGUAGCAAAAGAAAAUGAAUGACCGAUGACUGGUUCAGUGGCUGGAAUCUUGGGGGGCUAGGGGUGAGAGAAAGGAGAAGAGGAAGUUGUAGCAGAGGGAAAUCAAACAGGAAGAUGCUCUGGGGACAUAUUUUUUUAUGUUUUAUCUUCAACAGUUGUGAGAAGCAGUGAUGAUUAUCCCACAUCACAGAUAGGAAAUCUGAGUGAUAUUAUUUAUUUAUAUUUGUUCAUAUUUCAACACAUUUAACAUUUGUGAUUUUUACCCCCAUCAUUCACCCUCCCAUGAAUAAGUAAAGCAGGGCAAAUGCCAUGCUACCCACUUGGGCCAGGGUGGUGCCAUGAUUGGAACCCAGGACCUCUAGUCUCCUUGCCUAGUGCUUUUCAAAGCUCGGUGCCACACAGGAGUGGAUCCAGGCCUGAAGCUGAUAUAAUUCUGGGGAUUUUCUUUAAGAAAAAUAAUUCAAAAAUAUCUUACCUUUGCAAAUAUUACAAAAAUAUACCACCAUGUUAAUAUGUUGCUAGGGCCCCUACUAGGACCUUAAGAUGGAGCCCAUGCGAGUCAGGGCCCUGAAUGUUAUGCCUCACUAGCUCCAUGGUUCGUGUGCCUCAUGAGCCAACUCACAGGGCCCUUCCUGGCCACAUCUCCAGUUAAGGAGACUAAACUCCCUCUAAAGCAGCCUCUUCCGUUUUGAUUGAGUUCUAUGAGAAAUUUUCUGGUACAAAUUGAAAUCUGCUUCUAGAAGAUUAUCAUGACACCUAGAAGAUAAUUAUAUUAAAAGAAGAAGAGUAUGAAAGGCUUUCCGUGGUUCAGGGGAAAGAGAACCAACCCUGAUUCUACCACUAAUGUGGUGUAUGAUCUUAGACUGGAUACUUCUCUCUCUGGUCCUUUUUCUUCUUCAACAUAAUGAAAUAUACUUAAAAGCCUCUAAUCCUGUAUCAGUUCUGACAUUCUAGGCUUCACAUACAUUAGAUUGAACCAUAUGAAAUCACUGUAUUUGUAGAUCAGAAACAGCUGAAUAUCAGUGGUUUCAGAUGGUUCAACCUAAUAUGUGCAAUAUGGUGGGUGAACACUUUACAAGCUACUUUGCCCCAAAUCCCAGGCUGGAACCACCCACUGUUCUCUUUGUCCAAUUUCAAUUUAAGGGCUCUCCAUGCAGUCCCCAGAAGGCUCCACUGAAAUGUACAUAUUUGUGUAUAGCAGAACUCUGAAAGAAUAUUUUGAUAGCAGUUAUCUCUGAGGAAUAAGAUUAUGGGUGAUUUCUCCUUUCUACAUUAUAAAUGUAUAUAAUAUUUGACUUACUUGACCAUAAGUAUGUUACUUGUAUGAUAAAAGGAAAAAAGCUACUUCUGCUUUGAAAAAAUAAAAACAAAUCCCUGUGUGUUUCUUGAGUGG